AUGUCGAUCGCAGACAAGGAUACCUCCGUCGAGGUCAACCCUCCGACCAAGGACGGCAAGGUGGUCGCCGAUGGCGAUGGAAGCGACCUCGAGAGCUCCCAGAGCGGCCCCGGCGUCGUCGCCGAGACGGCACGCGUCCUCGACCACGCCGCCGAGGUUCGUCUCUGCCGCAAGUUCGACAUCCGCAUCCUGCCCUUCCUGGCUGUCAUGUACUUGUUCAAUGCCCUCGAUAAGGGCAAUUUAGGCAAUGCACAGACAGAUGGUUUGAGCGAUGACCUUCACUUCAAGGACGGCCAAUACAACCUGAUUGUCUCCAUCUUCUUCGUACCAUAUGUCAUCUUCGCGCCUCCAAUCGCCAUGCUCGGCAAGAAAUUCGGACCAGCACGUGUUCUGCCCAUCAUGAUGUUCACCUUCGGCUCUAUGACGCUCCUAUCCGCAUCCGUCCAGAACUUUGGCGGCAUCUUCGCCCUACGAUGGUUCCUCGGCAUGGCAGAGUCGGCCUUCUUCCCCCUCGUCAUCUACUAUUUGACCACCUUCUACCGUCGUGGCGAGCUUGCUCGGCGAUUGGCCAUCUUCUACGCCGCUUCUAACAUUGCCAAUGCCUUCAGUGGUCUCUUGGCUUUCGGCGUGUUCCAUAUCAAGUCCAACAUGUUCGCAUGGCGUUACCUCUUCAUUAUUGAGGGCUCCGCCUCUGUUCUCUUCUCAUUCGUUGCCUUCUGGUAUCUGCCCAAGAGCGCGGCUACAGCGAAGUUCCUCAACGAGGAGGAGAAACAUCUAGCCUUCUAUAGAAUUCAAGUCGACUCGUCAUCUGUCGUCGGAGAAGAGUUCAACCUGAAGGAUGCCCUCAAGAUCUUCACCUACCCGAGCACAUACGGUUUCUUGCUCAUCGAAAUUUGCCUUGGUGUCCCACUGCAGUCUGUGUCACUGUUCCUGCCCCAAAUCGUGCAGCGCCUAGGCUACUCCAAGGUCAAGACGAACCUGUACACCGUCGCGCCCAACAUCACUGGCGCAGUGAUGCUGCUCAUCCUAGCCUUCAGCUCCGACUUCACGCGCCUGCGCUUCCCGUUCAUCAUCCUCGGCUACACCUUCACCUUCAUCGGCUUCAUCAUCUUCGCCUCCAUCACCGACGUCGAGGCCCAGAUCCGCGUCGCCUACUUCGCCACCUUCAUGAUGUGCUGGGGCACCUCAGCGCCCUCGGUCAUCCUGUCCACCUGGUACAACAACAAUGUCGCCCACGAGGGCCGCCGCGUCACGCUUACCUCUGUCGGCGUCCCGCUCGCCAACGUCAUGGGCUUGGUGUCGAGCAACAUCUUCCAGACGCAUGACGCCCCCAAGUACCUUCCGGCUCUGAUCACCACGGCUUGCUUCGGCGCGACUGGUGCGCUUGUCACGGCGUGCUUGGGCGCUUACAUGAUCUUCGACAAUAAGCGUAGGAAUCGCAAGGCGGGCAUCAAGAUUGAUGCCCGGGAUGUGCCGACCCAGAGAUUGCGGGAUGGACCGAGCUCGCCUGAGUUCCGAUGGUUUUUGUAA